AGUCGCGUUCUGUCGGUUGCAAAAACAGGACUCGUUAGAAACGCUCUGACCACAGAAGAGGCCCCCUCUCGCCUCCCCUCUACUCCGUUCCACCCACUGGGCACAUUCGCAAAAAUCGGCGGGCAGCCAGAAAGAAGUGCUCGGCCGACAACAACCGCAAUUAUCACCUGGUGCACCGCAAGUUUCGGCCGCUACCGAAUUACAUUACAUUACGCUCGGCCACGUGGCUAGUGAAAAGUGAUAAAAUAAAAAAAAUAAAAAACAUUCGCAUAGUGAAAUCGUGCGGGUGUGCUGGAAGCCAUGCUUCCUUCGACGACGACGACGACUCAGUGAGUGCAGCAGGGACUGGGACACAUCAUGUCCCAGUUUGGUUUCCGAGCAUCGCCGAAUACACAGUGUGCCGUAUCUACAGGCCCAAGUCAAUCGUCUUCUCCACCUACAACAAUGGCAGUGACUUCUUCAGCGCCUACGACUGGUAGUCCUCCUACGCCCUCCCAAAGAUGUUGUGAUACUGGUAGACCAUUAUUCACGGAUCCUAUUACGGGCCAAAGUGUUUGUUCGUGUCAAUAUGAACUAUUAGGUUAUCAAAGGUUAGCUGGAGCUGGUGUACCUGGUUUACCUGCUCUUUCAAUGUACAGUGCUCCCUAUCCCGAAGGAAUGGCUGCGUACUUUCCCGCACUAGGAGCAGACCAGGCGCCUUUUUAUACGUCAACGGCUGCUGGCUUAGAACUGAAAGAAAAUUUAGCUGCUGGAGCCGCUGGCUGGCCCUAUCCCUCUGUUUAUCACCCCUACGACGCGGCAUUCGCAGGAUAUCCAUUUAAUGGAUAUGGUAUGGAUCUCAAUGGUGCUAGGCGAAAAAACGCUACUCGAGAAACAACCAGUACUCUUAAAGCUUGGUUAAACGAUCACAAAAAAAAUCCAUACCCGACUAAAGGUGAAAAGAUAAUGUUAGCUAUUAUCACCAAAAUGACUUUGACGCAAGUAUCGACGUGGUUCGCUAACGCGAGGAGAAGACUGAAAAAAGAAAACAAAAUGACGUGGGAACCUCGAAACAGAGUCGAAGAUGACGAUAAUAAUAACGACGAUGAUGACCAAGACCACAAAAGUACUGAUGGAAAGGAUAUCAUUGAUUCCAAAGACUCGGGUACUGCUUCAAGCGAAGAUGGCGAUCGACCUCCCCAUUCUCGUUUAGUUGCAGAUACGGCAAGCGAAUGGAGCGAGUCGAGGCCCGAUAGCGGGCCCGAUAGUCCCGAAAUUUACGAACGACCACCUCACCCUGCCUUUUUAACGCCGCAAUCAUCCGGUUCUCCACCCCAACUCUCAGCAACCGUCUCAUCAAAACCAAGAAUUUGGUCUUUGGCGGAUAUGGCAAGUAAAGAAAGUGAUGGAUCUCCUAAUUCUGCGGCUUCUACACUAUAUUCCACAGCAGCGGGAAGACUAGUACCACCGUUAGGUGGAAGAUUACCUCCUCCAGGAUUACAUACGUCACCUUAUCCCAGACCUCACGAUUUCUAUAGAAGUCUUUAUUCACCGGCAGCCGCGCAUCAUCUAGCAGCUGCUAGUGGUGGUUCGCCCGAUGCUUCACUCUUGGAAACGUACCAAAGAACUUUAGGAGCUAACUUGAUAGCGGCGCAGAAUGCUUCGAACGCUGCUGUUGCCCAAUCGACUCCUUCCAUAUUUACCAAAGCAGGUGUAGCCACGGCUACUUCUAGUUCUAGCAGCCUUCCUCUCGGUCUAACGACAUCAUCAAGAUUAUCACCGUCGUCCACGUCAUCUUUAUCUUCAGGAUCGGAAACCCCCAUUAAACCAGUAGCGUUGAAUAAAGCUUGACCUUCUUUAGUUACGGCCGGUCUGUGGCCUUGAUCUACCUCGUCGAGUGUACGAAAACCGAGCGGACAAUAACGGACACCCGUACCCGUAGUGUGCUGUACAGUAAAUGUGAUAUAUACCUUAUGGUUCCUUAGUUAACGGCACUUCUCUUAAUGAAAGAUGUUACGAGAAUCAAAUUCUAUUUUUUUUUGCUACAUAUUUCAUUCACUCAAUUUUUGCUAUUGUGAAAAAAGUGUGUGAGCCGAUUCAAAAACAACUGAAUCAGAAAUAUACAAAUUUAAAUACGAAAUAAGCAAUUCAGACUUAACAUCAAUUAAAUCUUUAAAAAUUUAAAAAUGAGAAAUGAAUUUUUCGACAAUUCUUAAUUAAGUUUUUUUAUAUAAUGAGAUGAGCUAGCAGCUGCAGUGGUAAUUAGAAUUUUUUAUUAGAUAUUACGCUUUUUUACGAGUGGGGACUCGAAAAUAACUGCAAUAAUAAAAAAUGUCACAUGAGACCAGUUAGGACGUUGGACAGCGUAACCGUUCCAUUUUUAUCCAAAAACUUUUGAACGGAGAUGGCUGUGGUGCUGUAAAAACCAUUUUCCUGUCUGUCGGAAGCCUUCUUAAACGAACACUUCUUGAAAAUAAGUUUAUAUGACGUUUUGACUUUGGGAAAAAACUCUUUAUGACCUACCCUCUUGAAAUUUAAAAAGCGACAUUGUUUUGACGAUUUUGGUUGACGACAUUUUAUUGGAUGAGGUGACGAUUGCGUCUUCAAUUGAAUUGUCUGUUGCUUUGAUUCUGAGACACCAUCACUUAUCAUGUUUCAUGGAAAUCAGCUGUUCUUUCAAACCAUUAACUAUAUCUUCUUUUUGAUUUUCAGUCAGAGGAACAAAGUUCGUAGCAAACUUUUUAAUACCAAAUUGAAGUUUUCUGAACAGAGCUCCAGGGUGACUUACCAUUCAUUGACAAAUGAUCUAUUGUUAUUCAUAGCGUCAAUAUAAUUCCGGUAGUAAUUUCUUCGCUAUAAGUUAUGCACAUAAACUUGGCAUCAUAAAAUACGAAAUGAUAACAAAGUAGCGCUACCGAAAAAAUCACUACAGACGAUAUCACAAACGGUACUGAAGUGGUAAUGAGUUGUGCUAUCCAAAGUUUUGCUUACUACAAAAUUUCCAUCGAUAGUAUUGCUAUUUCGUUUAUUAUUGGGUUCCCGUAGUAACAAUUUUUUAUUAUAUGAAAUAUAUAAACGAAAAAUUCGUCGUUUCUUUUAACAUCUUUCAUUUAAAAUUUUUGCCUUAGUUUCGGAAAUAUGUAAAUAGUCUCAGACUGCGUUUACGCAGCAGUAUAAAUCUUGUAUCUAUGUAUGUACCUUACUUAGUAUAGAAUUGUAAUUUAAACAUUUGUUAUUAUGAUAUGUAAUAAUAAGAAUAAUAUACAUAUUGCAUCGAUGGAUCCUAUAUUUGAAGGUUUAGCAUUGAUUGUACUAAAUUUCGUCAGAUACACGUGAUACUGUCAAACAUAUCUUCGAAAUAGUAACAUCUAUUGAAUCGUGUAUUGACAUUGCAAUAAAGUGAUUCGUUCAUUAUUUGAA